AUGAGGUCCUCAGUCCUGCUGGUGUUUGUCUUCUCUGUAUAUGUGGCUGCUGAUUUUUCACAAUACAGAGAUUUCCUCCUCAAGCAAGAAAACAAUGAAACUUUCCUCCGUGAGUUCGAUGACCACAUGAAGUCUUGGGUCAACAGACAGUCGGUUCUAGCUGCCAGACAGGAUUUCCCAUGUGAGGUACUCGAACCACUGAGCCCAGCUACAUCAGUGAACAAGUUAACACCCUCAGAUAUCAAGGUUGUAGCUGCUAUUGGUGAUUCUAUCACAGCAGGAACUGGAAUCAAGGCCCUCACACCUAUAGGGUUGCUGACACAGUGGCGGGGACUGUCAUGGAGCGUGGGAGGCGACGGUAACUUCGAAGAGGAGAUAACAGUCCCCAACAUCAUAAAGAAGUAUAACCCGGAUGUAAAGGGGUUCUCAGUAGGGACGGGAGGAGUUCAUAGCAGAAAUGCAAGGCUCAAUGUGGCUGAUCCUGGUGCUAAAUCAGACGAGAUACAAGCGGAGGCAGAAGACUUGUUAGAACGCAUGAGAAACGAUCCUGAUGUUGACAUGGAGAAUGACUGGAAACUUAUCACUCUGUUUAUUGGGGGAAACGAUUUGUGUAGCUACUGCAAAGAUGAAACAAAAUAUGCCCCCGAGAAAUACGUGGACAACAUUAAGCAGACAUUGGAUAUUCUCUACCAGCACGUACCGAGAGCUUUCGUAAACGUCGUCCCCGUCCUCAACAUCAAUGUCGUCAGAGAGCUGAACCAAAACCUUGUCUGUGACGCACUCCAUCUGUAUCUGUGUCAGUGUGCAGCUUAUCCGCGCAACAGUGACGAGGAAAACAAAAUGCAGUUGGCAGUACAUGCUUAUCAACAGCAACUCACCGACCUUGUCAUGUCCGGGCAGUUCGAGAAGGACGAUUUCGCGGUCAUCAUACAACCAUUCUUCACAAACACCGAACUUCCAAAGCGGGAUGGGGGCGAACCGGAUUUGGCAUAUUUUGCACCUGACUGCUUUCAUCUGAGUAGAGAUGGUCACCAAGCUGCUGCCACAGCUCUGUGGAAUAAUAUGCUCGCGCGUGUGGAUGAAAAGGAUGAUUUCUGGCAACCAGGGGAGACAAUUAACUGCCCAACCAAGGAUUAUAGAUACUUUGCUACCUACCAGAAUAGCAAUUCCAGGAAGGGCUUUGGUCAAACUUAUCAAGACCAGGGUAAAAAUGAACAGUCCAGCGAGCAUUCCGUUAGUUCUCUGUCCACAAGCGGUCUCAUUAUUGGAGGAUGCCUGUCAGUUUUGGUCUGUCUGGCUGCCUUGGCUGUUGCACUGUUCAGGAGAAAUUCAAGAAACUCCGAGAAGCAUAGUCUUAUUGAACAAAAUAUAAAAUUGUCCUACACGCAAAUCUAAUAUGGUGGUUUAAUAAGUAAUCAAAAUGGUGCCAAAGAAAAUCUGUGUAACUGUGAAUCAAGAUGUAUACAUAUCAGAAUGAUUUGAACACUGAAUACAUUACUUUGUCAAUGUUUGCUCAAUUUCUUGUUGAAGUAUUGACCAACAUCCUGAUGGAUGAAUACAAGGUCAAUAUUUUAUUAUUGUUACCUUCCGAAGUAUCUACUGAAAUGUUAAUAUUAAUUCUGUGAUUAAAAGUAUUUUAAUGAUGGUCAACUGAUAGUUGGUAAAAGAUCGUCCUCUCUCAGAUGUUCAACUGACAGUUGAUAAAAGAUAGUCCUCUCUCAGAUGUUCAACUGACAGUUGGUAAAAGACAGUCCUCUCUCAGAUCUUCAACUGACAGUUGGUAAAAGACAGUCCUCUCUCAGAUGUUCAAUUGACAGUUGGGAAAAGAUAGUCCUCUCUCAGAUGUCCAACUGACAGUUGGGAAAAGAUAGUCCUCUCUCAGAUGUUCAACUGACAGUUGGGAAAAGA